GUUACCAAUCUCAAAUGUCAAUCUCUGAUUUUCAGAGUUUUUGUUUUCAGUUGAGUUAGUUAUUUGACGUGACUUUGAAAUUUUGCUAAAAAUUCAAUAAAAAUAUGGAUGAAAAACCACUCAAUCAACGGUCAACAGAAAAUUCAGAAAUCAAUCAAGAUGAACUCAUUUUACAGCAACAGAGACGUAUCGAAAAAGAGAUUUCGGAAACAAUAGCGCUUGUCGGUGAAAAAGAAUCUUUAAAGGCACUUGAAAGUGAAUACGCUGAAGAUGAAGUUUAUCUGUCAAAAGCAAAGAUUUUGGGUGAAAAAUAUUCAUAUUUUCGAAGAACGAGGCCAGAUGGGAAUUGUUUCUUUCGGGCGUUUAGUUAUGCUUAUCUUGAGAGGUUGAUUAGCAAUAAAGAGGAGUAUGAAAAAUUUAGAGAACUUGCAUUAAACAGUAAAGAUAAUCUAGUGUCUUUAGGAUUUCCUCAAUUUACUGUUGAAGAUUUUCACGAUACGUUUAUGGAAGUAAUUGAUAGAGUUGGAGGAGGUACCGAAGCAAGUUACGAAGAAUUGCAUAAACUCUUUAAUGAACAAGGUCAUUCAGAUUAUGUUGUCGUUUACCUUAGGUUAAUAACAUCUGGUCAUUUACAACGAGAGGGUGAAUUUUUUCAAAAUUUCAUCGAGGGAGAUCGUACCGUUAAGGAUUUUUGUCAUCAGGAGGUAGAACCAAUGUUUAAAGAAUCAGAUCAUAUUCAUAUAAUUGCAAUGAGUACGGCACUUGGUACGGGAGUACGAGUUAAAUAUAUGGAUAGAGGUGCAGAAAAAGAAGUAAUAGCUCAUGAUUUUCCCGAAAAUGCCACACCAUCAGUUCAUUUACUUUAUCGUCCAGGUCAUUAUGAUAUUCUUUAUCCCUGAUGAUUCUUGGUCUACUUAUUAUUUCAUUAUUAUAUGAAUUGGACAAUUGUGUAUCUCCUAUUUUUAAUUAUACAAAAGAAAAUACCUCAAGCGUGUUUAAACUUCUGAUACGUAAAGAGAAAAUUCUAGGAAUUUUUGAAAUUUUAAAUGAAUAGAAGGUGUAUGGAUCCCAAAGUGCUGUUUACUUCCGGCAACACUAUUGCCUGGAAGUUUCUUUUCUUUUUUUAUUUCUUUUUCUUCAUGUGAAAAAAAACACAAGACUUUUUUUUUUUGAUUUUGCUUGUGAUGUGUCUAAUUUUUUCCUCCAUUUCUUUUGCAUAAAAAUAGAUUAUAAUCUUAACUUUAUAAAUAUAAUAGAAAUAGAGAAAAGAAAAUGUUUGUUUUGCUGUUAAAAAAAAAAAAAAAAGAAAUAUUAUUUUGUGUGAUAAGUGCGAUAAGUAAUUCUGAAUGAAAGUGAAAUACUUAUGAAUAUACACAUCUCUGAAUACUGUCAUUUUUGUAAUUUCGCGUGAGAAGUUCGAUCCUAAAUUUAUGAUUACAAUAAUUGUACUUUGGAAAAAAAAAACAUUUUUUUAUUGAGCGUGUCUAUUAUCAAAUAAAAAUACUUGCCAAUUAUAUUGUGUUUAAUUUCAUAAAUAAUUUUAUUAAAAUAAAAAUGUGUGAAUUUCUAAAAUAGAAAUAUUGAACUUCUCAUGCAUAUGAUUAAAAAAUUUUUUCUCAGUGACAUUAUGAAAUGAAAAAUUUUUUUUUUCACUUAGCUAAACAUAUUUUAUUAGUUUUUUAAAUGAAGAAUGGAAAAAUUAAUAAUAACAGAUCAUGUAAAAUGGAGUAUAAAUACUGCAUUAACUAACGUCAAUAAAUGGCAAAUUAUACACGUAUAAUUUGCAAAUUUUA